GGAAAUAUUUAGACCACUAAACAUUUACCAGUUCCGAAAUUGUUCACGAAGUAAUCACAAUCUGGAACCUCUGGCUAGCUAGCUGGAUAGCUUGGUGGCUAAUAUGUGCUUAUGGUUUAGCCAACGGGCUGCGUUAUGCUUACUACCGCAUCUCCCAACAGCAAAUAAGAUGGGACAGUCAUACUGACGUUGAAAAAAAUAAUACAACUUUUAAAUGACUGUUGGGUUCACUGUCUAAUCAGAAUAAACGCGUAUCACAGUCGAAGUUUAGUUCAUUUCAAGCGUGCUUAAUAUUUCAGAAGGACACUCCCAUUCUAAUUAGCGUGCUAGCUUUCUUCGCCGAGGCUCGCGCUUCGGCGUCUGGUUAGUUAUUGAGCUAGCUAACUUACCUAAUUACGGGCGGUAGGCGAACAAACACGCUUUGUUUAUUUUCGCCCCAAUGAACAUGACGUAUAGAGAGGACGAAAAGCAAGUCGUUCACCGACAAAUACAACGAUUGAGUACUACACUUGAACUACAGGAGUGAAUUAUUGGGAGAGGUUCGCGGAUGUUCCCAACAUGAGGAUCGCUGUUUUUAGGUUUCCCUAAAACUGCUCUAUGGGGAUAAAGAAGUUGAAUAAUUUAAAGUGUAUUAUUUGAGAUUGGACGAUUGUGAGAACUAGGGAACAUGCCUCCCAGGCCAUCAUCUGGAGAAUUAUGGGGCAUCCAUUUGAUGCCCCCCAGGAUUUUGGUGGACUGUCUGCUGCCCAAUGGCAUGAUCCUGACCCUGGAGUGCCUCCGUGAGGCCACACUUAUCACCAUCAAGCAUGAACUGUUUAAGGAAGCACGAAAGUUCCCGCUCCAUCACCUGUUGCAAGAGGAAGCCUCAUACAUCUUCGUCAGUGUAACACAGGAAGCCGAGCGGGAAGAGUUUUACGACGAGACCAGGAGACUCUGUGACCUUAGGCUUUUCCAGCCUUUCUUAAAAGUCAUCGAACCUGUGGGCAACAGAGAGGAGAAAAUUCUCAACCGGGAAAUUGGUUUUGCAAUUGGCAUGCCGGUGUGCGAGUUUGAUCUAGUGAAGGAUCCUGAAGUGCAGGACUUCAGGCGAAAUAUACUAAAUGUCUGCAAAGACUCAGUAGAACUCAGAGAUGCCAAUGGGCCGCAUAGUCGUGCGUUAUAUGUUUACCCUCCCAACGUGGAGUCUUCACCAGAGCUUCCAAAGCACAUUUUUGGCAAAUUAGACAAAGGUCAGAUUAUCGUGGUCAUUUGGGUUAUUGUGUCGCCCAACAAUGACAAGCAGAAGUACACGUUGAAGAUCAACCACGACUGUGUCCCUGAGCAGGUGAUCGCAGAAGCCAUCAGGAAAAAGACGCGCAGCAUGCUGUUGUCUCCCGAGCAGCUGAAGAUGUGUGUGCAGGAAUACCAGGGCAAGUACAUCCUCAAAGUGUGUGGCUGUGACGAGUACCUGCUGGAAAAGUACCCUAUCAGUCAAUAUAAGUAUGUGAGGAGUUGCAUUAUGCUGGGCCGAAUGCCAAACUUAAUGCUGAUGUCAAAGGAUAGCUUAUACUCUCAGUUGCCCAUGGACACGUUCACCAUGCCCUCGUAUUCGCGCCGCAUCUCCACAGCCACACCAUACAUGAAUGGGGAAGCCUCCAGCAAAUCCCUGUGGACCAUCAACAGCAACCUGAGGAUACGUGUGCUCUGUGCAACAUACGUCAAUGUAAACAUCCGGGACAUUGAUAAGAUUUAUGUCCGGACAGGGAUCUACCAUGGUGGAGAGCAGUUAUGUGACAAUGUCAACACGCAACGUGUGCCCUGUUCAAACCCAAGGUGGAAUGAGUGGCUUAUGUAUGACAUGUACAUUCAUGACAUUCCCCGAGCUGCUCGUCUUUGCCUGUCCAUCUGCUCUGUGAAGGGGAGGAAGGGAGCAAAAGAGGAACACUGUCCGCUGGCUUGGGGAAAUGUAAACCUCUUUGACUACACACACACACUGGUCUCUGGGAAAAUGGCACUGAACCUGUGGCCGGUGCCACACGGCCUAGAGGAUCUGCUAAACCCCAUCGGUGUCACAGGCUCCAACCCCAACAAGGAAACCCCAUGUCUGGAAUUAGAAUUUGACUACUUCAGCUGUCCUGUGAAAUUCCCGGAUAUGACCACAAUAGAAGAUCAUGCUAAUAAGAUCAUGUCCAGAGAGAUGGGAUACAAUUACUUUCAAUCUGGACAGAGCAGCAGACAGGCUCGAGACCAUCACAUAAUGGAAGGUGAUAUUGAGCAGUUGCGACAAGUAGCAAACAGAGAUCCACUUUCUGAGAUCACUGAGCAGGAAAAGGACUUCCUGUGGAGACACAGGCAGUAUUGUAAAAAUAUACCAGAGAUUCUUCCCAAGAUUCUCCUUGCUGUAAAGUGGAACUCCAGAGAUGAAGUUGCACAGAUGUAUUGCCUUCUUAAAGACUGGCCCGCAAUAAAACCAGAACAAGCCAUGGAGUUGCUUGACUGCAACUAUCCAGAUCCGAUGAUAAGAGAAUUUGCAGUACGGUGCCUUGAGAAAUAUUUGACCGAUGAUAAACUCUCCCAGUACCUUAUUCAGUUGGUCCAGGUUUUGAAGUAUGAGCAGUAUCUUGAUAACCCCUUGGUGCGAUUUCUUCUGAAGAGGGCCCUGACCAACCAGAGGAUUGGACAUUUCUUUUUUUGGCAUUUGAAGUCAGAGAUGCACAACAAGACGGUGAGUCAGCGUUUCGGCCUGCUGUUGGAGUCAUACUGCCGUGCCUGCGGUAUGUAUCUGAAGCACUUGGGCAGACAGGUGGAGGCCAUGGAGAAACUCAUCAACCUUACAGACAUACUCAAGCAGGAGAAGAAGGAUGAGACUCAGAAGGUGCAGAUGAAGUUUCUGGUGGAGCAGAUGCGGAGGCCGGAUUAUAUGGAUGCCCUCCAAAACUUCACCUCUCCAUUGAAUCCAGCCCACCAGUUAGGCAACCUACGGCUUGAAGAAUGCAGAAUCAUGUCAUCAGCCAAGAGGCCACUGUGGCUUAACUGGGAAAACCCUGAUAUCAUGUCAGAGCUUCUCUUCCAGAACAAUGAGAUCAUCUUUAAGAAUGGGGAUGACCUCAGGCAAGAUAUGCUGACACUUCAAAUCAUUAAAAUAAUGGAGAACAUCUGGCAGAACCAGGGGUUAGACCUCAGAAUGCUUCCCUAUGGCUGCCUGUCCAUCGGAGACUGUGUGGGCCUUAUUGAAGUUGUGAGGAGUUCUCAUACCAUCAUGCAAAUCCAGUGUAAAGGAGGUCUCAAAGGGGCAUUGCAGUUCAACAGCUCCACCCUGCACCAGUGGCUGAAGGACAAGAACAAGGGCGAGACGUAUGACAUGGCCAUUGACCUGUUCACACGAUCCUGUGCUGGUUAUUGUGUGGCCACUUUUAUCCUGGGCAUUGGUGACCGACACAACAGUAACAUCAUGGUGAAGGACGAUGGACAGCUGUUUCACAUAGAUUUUGGCCACUUCCUGGAUCAUAAAAAGAAGAAGUUUGGCUACAAGAGAGAGCGAGUUCCAUUUGUCUUAACUCAAGACUUCUUGAUUGUGAUUAGCAAAGGAGGAACUCAAGAAUGCACUAAAACGAGGGAGUUUGAGAGGUUCCAGGAGAUGUGUUACAAGGCAUACCUGGCUAUCCGACAGCACGCAAACCUCUUUAUCAAUCUGUUCUCAAUGAUGCUGGGCUCCGGGAUGCCAGAGUUGCAGUCAUUUGAUGACAUUGCCUACAUCCGCAAAACCCUGGCACUAGAUAAGACUGAGCAGGAGGCUUUGGACUACUUCAUGAAGCAGAUGAACGAUGCUCACCAUGGCGGAUGGACCACAAAGAUGGACUGGAUCUUCCACACCAUUCGACACCACGCCCAGAACUGAGCUGGAGUAGGACUCAGCCCAUAUGAAAGGUGCUCGAGCUAGAACAGGACUCCUUGCCCAGAAACUACUGGUUUAUCUUUACUAGUAGAAACAUGGCAGCCAGACCUCAAAGUGGGGUAAAAUGUACCCCCGACUGACCUUCAGAGCACUAAACAAUCCAAAAUAUUCGUCUUCUGUUUCAAUCUCCUUUUUUGGUAUCCAUACAGAAGAGCACUAACCCUAAUCUUUGUCCAGAAUGGUUGUACAUGGUUGCCUGUAGUUUUGUACUGAUGAUUUUUUUUUUUUUUUGUGGUUUGUUCUUGCUGCUCUUUUCCUGGAGAGACCAUGGUUCUUUUUUAUUUUAUUUUAUUUUAUUUUAUUUAAUUUUUUCUUUUGAAAAAACAAAAAACGAAGUCAACAGGAAGCGUUCUUUACAUUUAGGGCGUUCUUCGGAUUACUCAUGUCUUCCUCCAAGUACAAAUGCCUUUAAAUAUGCAUGGAACCUCUGAGGAACUCUAAACAGGGUAGAAAUUUUGUCUGUCGGUCUGUGUCCUGAUGGAUGGUUUCUGUAGCAAAUGUAGACAAGUUGACAUUUCCCAUAGUCUUGCAUAAACACUUGGCCCUUCGAAGCUAUUGCCCUUGAUCACUACAAAAGUUUUUGGUUAUGCUUUCCACCUCCUUCGCUACCAUUGAUUAGUGGUAGCUAAAGUCAAUUUGGUGUUUGCAUAGGAGGUAUCAUUUAUUAUUUAUAUCAGUUAUCAUUAUUUACCCUAAGUAUGAAUUUAGAGGUGGAAUAUUUAGCCUUGUCACACAUAAAAUGACAGUCUUUGAACACUAACUGAAAUGAAACAUUGUACAACUGGUCCAAAGGCUACACAGUGGCCCUCACUGAUCACACAAUUUCAUUGCUUCAUUAUGAUCACAGAGAAGCAACUACAAAGAAACAUAAUGGGACUCAACAUCGGAAAAAGCAAACAUACUUCAGAUCAAAGUUCCUUAUUCUUUUUCAGUGUGACACUUAAGUAGAAUUUCCCCUGCAUAUUUUUUAGACCAGUACAGGUGAAGAGAAGCGAUUGAGAUGAAGCCUUAAUGGAACUUGACACUUUGUGGCUGAAUGCACAGUCCUCCCUCACGUGUACUGCAUGCAACAGUAGAGGGUAAUUUGGUGCUUAGUAAAACUAGUUUAGUGAACACUUUACCUUCAGAGCACUUGCUCUAUUUUCCAUUAAUGAUAACCGGGCAGGUUCAUUUAUUGACUGCAAUUAUCCUCACUUGCAUUGUGUUGGAUAACUGCUAUAUGGUUCUGUAAGAAAUAAAGAAUGGUGCUAAAUAGAUUCCACUGUAUAGAAAGGGAAUAAACUCUGGAUGAAAUGGAUGUUUAAUGUUAAAAAUGCUUUGAACUCUGAGAAUGGUUCAGCCAUUGACAUACGUUUUACCUUUAACCCUAUAAUUACACUCUACAGUGGUUACAUGUCUGUAUUGUAUAUAUCUUCAACACACCCUUUGAUGCUUCUAAUAUCCUCAUUGCUUUUGUCCAGUACACAGAUGUGGUGAGGAUCUGCCAGGUGUGCUGUCUGCAGUUUACUCAUAAGGGUUAUAAAAAUAACCCAUUCAUAUGCUUUAAAAGAUGUAACGAUGGCAAAUCCUGUACAAAAUCUCAGAGCUGUUUUGAGAAACUGCAGAUAUGCAUUUCACCAGAGCAGCUUCAGCUUUGUGCAUAAAACUUAUGAGAGGGGAAAAAGAAUCAGGAGUGGCACUUAUUUUUGGUUAAAACAACAAGUGCUCUGAAGUGCAUCCAAUUAACAAUAUACCUUGUGGAAUUAUGUCCAUAACGAAUUGAUUUUGCAUGACCAAAUGCUGAGGUUCAACCAUUAAAGCCAAACCAACUAACCUCCAAAUUAAUGGUAUUGUAUACGUCCACGAUAAUUUUUCUUUGCAUUUGUGUUUGAACCACAAUGACUCCUCAUACCUACCUGGUAAUCCAACCUCUGUGGUUGUGGAGAAAGCCUGUUGUUUUUGCAUUACGUUUAAGCUGUGAAAAUAUAAAGAUUAUAAAUGAGGUGCAAUCGUACUAUCUGUAUGGAUGUGUGUCUGCUGAUGGGAAGACUAGCUUGUGCUUGAGAAUUUAUUCAAAACUUCACUACUUACUAGAAGCUUCUGUAUAUUUUUUUUUUGUUUGAUUGGUUGGUUUUUUGUUUUUGUUUUUAAACUGUUAAUUCAAGCCAAAGUUCUAUAUAUGUAAUGUUGUUCAACUGCAUAACCACCUGAAGCAUUUAAAGGGCCAGUCCUGGACAGCUCAAUAUUUUAAUGAAGUUAGAGCUAUAGCGUAAAGUCUGAAGGACCCUUUUUUUUUUUUUUCCCCUUUGUUUUUUUUUUUUGUUUGUUUUUUUUACUGUCACAGAGGUUUAGUGCUACUGUGAGAAAUUUCUACCCAUCAAAUUUGAGAUGAGGCCAAACAAUCUGCCUUUUUGCUAAAUGCAAAGACCACAGUCAUGUUUUUAUUUCUUCCUGCAUUCUGUAAAUGUAAAUAUAUAUACACACACACACACACACAUAUGAAUGUAGUGUGUGUACAAUUCUAUUCGACUAUCUUGCACCAAAAUGUAUUAAUGCAAAGAAAAGGAAGGCAUCUAAUUUAUAAGAAGUAUCCUGAAGUGAAGUGGCAUUGGGGUAUUCCAGUUUUCGUAUUCAUUAAUUUGCUGAAUUUGAGGAGAUUUGAAGAUUUUUAAAUAUCAAUGUAAUUCUUAUAUGCAGUAAACUAAACUUUGUAAUUUUCUUUUCCCCUUAUUUGCAAUGCCUUCAGUCUUAAAGGACUGAGUAGAUUCAGCUGCAUGUCUUUAGAAUCAGCAUUACCAAUUGUACUCCUCUACUGCCUGAAACAGUUCAGAUUAAUUAGUUCUUGUAAGCAGCCUUAUGUUAGCCCUCCAAAAAGCCAGUUAAUGCAUGGUUGUGGACACGACUUUUGUGUUUUAUCUGUACAGGUUACAGAUCCUUUGGGGCUGGACCCAUUUAAAAGCCCAUUUUAAAAUGGUUGUGAUCAUGUGCAAAUGCUUUGUAUUUUCCUUCUUUUUCACCAAGCAGGAAAACUGAGAUGCUGGACUCUUGGCAUCUUUUAUAUGAAUUACAAAAUGGGGGGGGGGGGUCAUAUUUCUCUUUCAAAUGUACUUGAAUAUCAUCGCGCCGAACCAUCUUUCUUUGUCGAGAACAAAUGUUAUUGUGGUGUAGCACUGAAGGUUCGCUUGCAUAGGCAAUUUCAUACCGAUGUUGAAUGUGAAAAUAGUUGUGUUGUAAGAGGCUCUGCUUGAGAAAACUCUUGUAAAAGAAAGGUUGCCCUUUUUAAACCCUAAGGAAAAUAUUUCACACUAUGUAUAAUGUGGCAAAAAAAAAAGAUGGCGUUAAUUGUAUAAACUUGUACUGAAAGGAAGGUCAAAACUGUUUGUCUGUUUUUGAGUGGUUACAUUUCUAUAUCAUUCUCCUUAAUGUUUUCCUACUUAUCACUUACCCAUAUUUUCAUGUGUAAUAAUUUUCAAGAACACUACUUGGUGGGCCAAAUAAUGUUCCAUACAGCCAACCUGCAUGAAAUUUAAGUUAAAGCCCCAUUAUUUCUGUUCAUUAUAUGUAGAUAUAAAAAUAUGUGGCCUAAGACUGCACUCUAUAGUAACCAUCUAUAACUGCUAACAAUGUCAUAGCCUCAUUCUCAUUUAUUUACUGUUUCAUUGUGCACCUCAGUUGAAAAGUUACUUUGUAUCCCCAAUAUUUUGAGUGUUAUGUGACUAUGUACAAAUAAACAUAUUUC